AUGGAGAGGAGACGGGUCACCUCAGCCGCUCGCCGCUCCUAUGUCUCCUCCUCGGAGAUGGUGGUGGGGGGCCGCCGCCUGGGUCCCGGCACCCGCCUGUCCCUGGCUCGAAUGCCGCCUCCACUCCCGGCCCGGGUGGACUUCUCCCUGGCCGGGGCACUCAACUCCGGCUUCAAGGAGACCCGGGUCAGCGAGAGGGCAGAGAUGAUGGAGCUCAAUGACCGCUUCGCCAGCUACAUUGAGAAGGUGCGCUUCCUGGAGCAGCAGAACAAGGCGCUGGCUGCCGAGCUCAACCAGCUGCGGGCCAAGGAGCCCACCAAGCUGGCCGACGUCUACCAGGCAGAGCUGCGUGAGCUGCGCCUACGGCUCGAUCAACUCACCGCCAACAGCGCCCGGCUCGAGGUGGAGAGGGACAACCUGGCACAGGACCUGGGCACCCUGAGGCAGAAGCUCCAGGAUGAAACCAACCAGAGGCUGGAGGCUGAGAACAACCUGGCUGCCUAUCGACAGGAAGCAGAUGAAGCCACCCUGGCCCGUCUGGAUCUGGAGAGGAAGAUUGAGUCUCUGGAGGAGGAAAUCCGGUUCUUGAGGAAGAUCCAUGAGGAGGAGGUGCGGGAGCUACAGGAGCAGCUGGCCCAGCAUCAGGUCCACGUGGAGAUGGAUGUGGCCAAACCUGAUCUCACAGCGGCUCUGAGAGAGAUCCGCACACAGUAUGAGGCAGUGGCGUCCAGCAACAUGCAAGAGGCGGAGGAGUGGUACCGGUCCAAGUUUGCGGACCUGAACGACGCCGCCGCCCGCAACGCGGAGCUGCUCCGCCAGGCCAAGCAUGAGGCCAACGACUACCGACGGCAGCUGCAGGCCUUGACCUGCGACCUGGAGUCCUUGCGCGGCACGAACGAGUCCCUGGAGCGGCAGAUGCGCGAGCAAGAGGAGCGCCACGCGCGGGAGGCGGCGAGUUACCAGGAGGCGCUGGCCCGGCUGGAGGAAGAGGGGCAGAGCCUCAAGGACGAGAUGGCGCGCCACCUGCAGGAAUACCAGGAUCUGCUCAACGUCAAACUGGCCCUGGACAUCGAGAUCGCCACCUACAGGAAGCUGCUGGAGGGCGAGGAGAACCGCAUCACCAUUCCUGUGCAGACCUUCUCCAACCUGCAGAUCCGAGGGGGCAAAAGCACCAAAGAAGGGGAAAGUCACAAGGUCACAAGACAUCUCAAAAGCCUCACAAUACAAGUUAUACCAAUUCAGGCUCACCAGGUUGUAGAUGGAGCCCCGCCGGCUCUCGAAACCAGCCUGGACACCAAGUCCGUGUCAGAAGGCCACCUCAAGAGGAACAUUGUGGUGAAGACCGUGGAGAUGCGGGAUGGAGAGGUCAUUAAGGAGUCCAAGCAGGAGCACAAGGAUGUGAUGUGA